CCUGCCCGCAGCGCAAGGCAGUAGGAGGAGGAGGAGGAGGAGGAGAGCCAAGGAGAGCCAGGCAGGCACCAAGGCCAGUUCUUCUCCUCCUUCUUUCCUUCUUUUCUUCUUUUUUUCCUUCUUCUUUCCCUCCUUUUCCCCACCAUGAGGGUCUGGGGACACAAGAUAGAGAUGCUGACAGGACUGUUGCUACAGGAGGUGGCCAUGGCCGGGCUGCAUGAGCAGCGCUUCACCGAGGAAAAGCCACUCCUUCGGGGUCAGGACACGGAGAUGGAAAAUUCAGAUACUUUCCUGUCUGCUGUGGACACAGAUUGGAAGGAGCAUGACAUCGAGACCCCCUACGGGCUGCUCCACGUGGUCAUCCGAGGGUCUCCCAAGGGGAACCGCCCGGCCCUCCUGACCUACCACGACGUGGGGCUCAACCACAAGCUUUGCUUCAACACCUUCUUCAACCUCGAGGACAUGCAGGAGAUCACCAAGCACUUUGUGGUCUGCCACGUGGACGCCCCGGGGCAGCAGGCGGGGGCCUCCCAGUUCCCCCAAGGGUACCAGUAUCCUUCCAUGGACCAGUUAGCGGCCAUGCUUCCCAGUGUGGUCCAGCACUUUGGGUUCAAGUACGUGAUUGGGAUCGGUGUGGGCGCAGGGGCUUAUGUCCUGGCCAAAUUUGCGCUGAUCUUCCCGGACCUGGUGGAGGGCCUCGUCCUGGUCAACGUCGACCCCAACGGCAAAGGAUGGAUCGACUGGGCAGCCACUAAGCUCUCUGGCUUGACCAGCACCCUCCCAGACACCGUUCUCUCCCACCUCUUCAGCCAGGAGGAGCUGGUCAGCAACACGGAGCUGGUGCAAAGCUACCGCCAGCAGAUCGGGAGCAUGGUCAACCAGUUCAACCUCCAGCUCUUCUGGAACAUGUACAACAGCCGCAGGGACCUGGACAUCAACCGGCCCGGCAGCGUCCCCAAUGCCAAAACGCUCCGGUGCCCCGUGAUGCUGGUGGUGGGAGACAACGCGCCGGGCGAAGAUGGCGUGGUCGAAUGCAACUCCAAACUGGACCCCACCACCACCACGUUCCUGAAGAUGGCUGAUUCAGGAGGGCUCCCCCAAGUCACACAGCCUGGAAAACUGACCGAAGCCUUCAAGUACUUCCUCCAAGGCAUGGGAUACAUUGCCUACCUGAAGGACCGCAGGCUGAGCGGAGGAUCAGUGCCCUCGGCCAGCAUGACGCGCCUGGCCCGCUCCCGCACGGCCUCCCUGACCAGCGCCAGCUCCGUGGACGGCGCCCCACGGCCCCGCGCCUGCACCCACUCCGAGAGCAGCCAGGACAUGGGCCAGGUCAACCACACCAUGGAGGUCUCCUGCUGAGGAGGGACCGGCCAACAAAGGCUCUCCGCCCGUCCCGUCCGUCCGUCCAUCCGUCCAUCCGUCCAUCCUUUGCACCGUCUUCUCCAGCACCCACUCAAGUCGCUCUCGCCAGCUGAAUCCGUCCCCUGAAGCUUCACGUGCUGCUGACCUCCUUCCUUCCUUCCUUCCUUCUUUCUUUCCUUCCUUCCUUCCUUCCUUCCUUCUUUCCUUCCUUCCUUCCUUCCUUCCUUCCUUCUUUCCUUCCUUCCUUCCCUUCCUUCCUUCCUUCCUUCCUUCCUUCCUUCCUUCCUUCCUUCCUUCCUUCCCUUCCUUCCUUCCUUCCUUCCUUCCUUCCUUCCUUCCUUCCUUCCUUCCUUCCUUCCUUCCUUCUUUCCUUCCUUCUUUCCUUCCUUCCUUCCUUCCUUCCUUCCUUCCUUCCUUCCUUCCUUCCUUCCUUCUUUUAUUCCUUCCUUCCUUCCUUCCUUCCUUCCUUCCUUCCUUCCAGACAUCCAUCCUUCUGUCCUUCUUUCCUUCCGCUCUUUUCUUCUUUCUAUCCAUCCAUCCAUCCAUCCAUUCUUCAUCCAUCUUUCUUUCUUUCUUUCUUCUUCUUUCUUUCUUUCUUUCUUUCUUUCUUUCUUUCUUUUCUUUCUUUCUUUCUUUCUUUCCUUCCUUCCUUCCUUCCUUCCUUCCUUCCUUCCUUCCUUCCUUCCUUCCUUCCUUCCUUCCUUUCUUCCCUCCCUCCUUCUUUCCUUCUUUCCUUCCAUACAUCCAUCCUUCCUUCCAUCCUUCUUUCCUUCCGCUAUUUCUUCUUUCUAUCCAUCCAUCCAUCCAUCCAUCCUUCAUCUUUCUCUUUUUUCUUUCUUUCUUUCUUUCUUUCUUUCUUUCUUUCUUUCUUUCCUUCCUUCCUUCCUUCCUUCCUUCCUUCCUUCCUUCCUUCUUUCCUUCUUUCCUUCCAUACAUCCAUCCUUCCUUCCAUCCUUCUUUCCUUCUGCUAUUUCUUCUUUCUAUCCAUCCAUCCAUCCAUCCAUCCUUCAUCUUUCUCUUUUUUCUUUCUUUCUUUCUUUCUUUCUUUCUUUCUUUCUUUCUUUCUUUCCUUCUUCCUUCCUUCCUUCCUUCCUUUCUUCCCUCCCUCCCUCCCUCCCUCCUUCUUUCCUUCUUUCCUUCCAUACAUCCAUCCUUCCUUCCAUCCUUCUUUCCUUCUGCUAUUUCUUCUUUCUAUCCAUCCAUCCAUCCAUCCAUCCAUCCAUUCUUCAUCUUUCUCUCCUUCCUUUCUUUCUUUCUUUCUUUCUUUCUUUCUUUCUUUCUUUUCUUUCUUUCUUUCUUUCUUUCUUUCUUUCUUUCCUUCCUUCCUUCCUUCCUUCCUUCCUUCCUUCCUUCCUUCCUUCCUUCCAUCCUUCUUUCCUUCCGCUCUUCCUUCCUUCCCUCCUUCCUUCUUUCCAUCCAUAUAUCCUUCUUUCCUUCUUUGCUUUCUUCCUUCUUUCCUUCUUUCUUUUCUCCCUCCUUCAUUCCUACUUCCCUGUAUUUAUUUUAUUUUAUUUCCUUACAGUAUUUAUAUUCCGCCCUUCUUUCUCAGGGCAGAUCACAACACACAUAUAGAUGCCAAACAUUCAAUGCCAUUAGACGUACGAUACAUAUAUAUAUAUAUAUAGACAGACACAGAGGCAAUUUAACAUUUUCCAGCUUCCGGCUUCAUGAGGGUAUGCUCGAUUCCGGCCGCUUCACCGUCCACUUGUGACACCGAGUCCUUGAUGGUAGUACUUCCUCAUUCCUUUCCGCACUCUGCUGGAAGUUUUUAAUGGUGUCGUAAAUUAGUUAAAUUAGCCUCCCCAUAUAAAGCGGUACCUAAAUUUCCUACUUGACAGAUGCAACUGUCUUUUGAGCUGCUUAGGUCAACAGCAAGCUAGGCUAUUAAUGGUCAGGAGCUCACUCUGAUCAGGGCUUUGAUCUCACGACCUCUUGGUCAGUAGUGAUUUAUUGCGGCUGGCUCCUAACAGUCAAUCAAUCUAUUCAUGUAUCAGCGUGUUGUCGAAGGCUUUCAUGGCCGGGAUCACAGGGUUGUUGUAUGUUUUCCGGGCUGUAUGGCCAUGUUCCAGAAGCAUUCUCUCCUGACGUUUCGCCCACAUCUAUGUCAGGCAUCCUCAGAGGUGGUGAGGUGUAUGAAGAAACUAAGCAAAGAAGGUUUAUAUAUCUGUGGAAGUUUGGGAAAGAACUCUGGCCUGUUGAAGGCCAGUGCAAAUGUAGUUAAUCACCUUGAUUAGCAUUAAAUGGCCUUCCCAGCCUCACAUCCUGGCCUGGGGGAUGAAACGUCAGGAGAGAAUACUUCUGGAACAUGGCCAUAUAUCCCGGAAAACAUUCAACAACCCUAUUCGUGUAUCCUUUAAUUAUUCCUGUGUCUGUCCAUCUGUCCAUCCGUCUGUCCACUCAUCUGUCAGUCCAGCCAUCCAUGCUGAUGCUGGGCAUUCAAAGGAAAAGACCAAUCCCAUUUAACCAAAGCACUUGGAAUUGUAAUCUGUAAACAAAAGGCAGGAACCCAAAAAACACAAGCAGAAAAACACGUCACCUGGAUAAUUAUGGGACAAAAUGCUUCUUAUUUAUGUCAACAAUGGGAUAGAGCUUCUUUGGGUCCAAGAGCAGUCAUUGGCUCCUCUUGUCUUUUCAUUCAUUUUGUUGCAUAUAUUAUUAUUAUUAUUAUUAUUAUUAUUAUUAUUAUUAUUAUUAUUAUUAUUGUAUGACACAGCAAACAAGAUAGAUAUGCUGGAUUUCGUAUCACAAAAUCACAAGUCGAACACUUCCCAAGUGUCUAGGACUGUGUGAUUAAUAAUAAUAAUAAUAAUAAUAAUAAUAAUAAUAAUAAUACAAGAGGGCCCUUUUCCAGCUUCUUGAUGGCCCUUUUAAGCAAAUUAAACUAUUAAAUCUCGAUAUCUCUAGUGGACAAUUCGAGGGAAAGAGGGCAAGGAUCAUGUCAAAAGGGAAAUAAUAAUAAUAAUAAUAAUUAUUAUUAUUAUUAUUAUUAUUAGAAACACAACAAGGAGUCCACAGCAGACACUCUGCUGGCUGUUGUAUUAUUAUUAUUAUUAUUAUUAUUAUUAUUAUUAUUAUUAUUAGAAACACAACAAGAUGAGUCCACAGCAUAUACUCUGCUGGCUGUUUUAUUAUUAUUAUUAUUAUUAUUAUUAUUAUUAUUAUUAUUAUUAUUAUUAUUAUUAUUAUUUGAAACAAUAAGAUGAGUCCACAGCAAACACUCUGCUGGCUGUUGUAUUGGAUCACAUGUUGGACACUUCCCAAUUAUUAUUAUUAUUAUUAUUAUUAUUAUUAUUAUUAUUAUUAUUAGAAACACAACAAGAUGAGUCCACAGCAGACACUCUGCUGGCUGUUGUAUUGGAUCACACAUCGGACACUUCCCAAUUAUUAUUAUUAUUAUUAUUAUUAUUAUUAUUAUUAUUAUUAUUAUUAUUAUUAUUAGAAACACAACAAGAUGAGUCCACAGCAGACACUCUGCUGGCUGUUGUAUUAUUAUUAUUAUUAUUAUUAUUAUUAUUAUUAUUAUUAUUAUUAUUAUUAGAAACACAACAAGAUGAGUCCACAGCAUACACUCUGCUGGCUGUUGUAUUGGAUCACACAUCGGACACUUCCCAAUUAUUAUUAUUAUUAUUAUUAUUAUUAUUAUUAUUAUUAUUAUUAUUAAUAUGUUUGCAACACUUGUGUGAAUUGAUGCAUUUAUAUAUAUUUAUAUGUCGGGGUUGCAAGUCCCAGAAUCCCCCCCAAACCCUUAUGGACUUGAGUUCCCAUAAGUCCCCAAGCCACGUCUCCGAGGAUGAUGGGACCUGAAGUCCAAAAUGCACCUUUUUUCCAUUGGGAUCUGCACUCGCUUCUCAUCCCAAAGGUUUAUUUACUUCUGGAUCUGGAAGAAGAACGUGGAAAAAGCUGUGACGAGAGUUCCUUUUUAUUGUAGAUACUAUAUCGCUGCAAAACCCUUUUCUUUCCGGAAGAGAUAGCUCUAUAAAUACCUAUAUAUGUACAUAUAUAUAUGAUAUUUAUCCUGGAUUAUUUCCUCCCUUCUUUCCUCCCACGCCCCAUUCACUUGUAGCAACUGGCAACCAAAUGUGCAGUUUUUUUAAUUUAUUAUUAUUAUUAUUAUUUAAAAGUGAUCUAUCUAUAUUAAUGUAAGGGAAGGAAUUUGGGGUGGGCGGGGUUGAGUUUUUAAAAGCACUUUCCUGACGAAGGUGGGAUUCAAGGGUUUUUCCUUCUUCUUUUAUUCUGUACAAGGUGAAAUGUAUUUAUUUUUUGUGCAUGGCGGUUGUCAAUGCGGAUUUGCAUUGAGGCCACAAUAUUUACAAAAUGUAAAACGAGGCAAAAAAAUAUAUAAUAAUAAUAAUAUUACCCCACCAUUGUUGUAGAGAGGAUUAUUGUGUUGAAAACUAAUAAAAGAUAUUAAGAUCAAGCAGA